AUGUCUUCGCAGGAUGUCACCAGUCUGACUAAUUUUUUCCAGAACACUUGUGGGUUAGCACCGGAAGAAAAGCAACUUUCUGUUAGUGGAAAAAAUUGGGGAGAAGUGGAUUUAAAUGGCAAUAUGCUUAGUUUUCUUGUUGAUUCAAGACAAGCAUUUGAAGUAUCUUUAGCAGAUGUCUCCCAAACACAACUUCAGGGGAAAAAUGAUGUCAUGUUGGAGUUCCAUGUGGAUGAUACAACUGGGGCCAACGAGUUUGUUGGUGGUGAAAGUCGUCCUCCUGCUCAGGUCUUCCCUGACAAAAUCAUGUCAAUGGCGGAUGUUGGCGCAGGAGGUGAAGAUGUUGUUGUUACUUUUGAUGGGAUUGCAAUACUUACUCCAAGGUGCCGAUACAAUGUUGAACUUCAUCUGUCAUUUUUGCGGCUCCAAGGACAAGCAAACGAUUUCAAAAUUCAGUACAGCAGUGUUGUUCGUCUUUUUCUACUGCCUAAGUCUAUCCAACCACACACGUUUGUUAUCGUUACUCUUGAUCCACUCAUCCGAAAAGGCCAAACUUUGUACCCACAUAUAGUGUUGCAGUUUGAAACAGAGUAUGUGGUAGAAAGCACAUUGUCUGUGAAGGAAGAUCUUUUGAAUACCAAGUACAAGGACAAGUUAGAACCAACAUAUAAG